AUGGCCCUGGCGCGACGGCUGUGGUCGAUGUACUGCAAAGCUGGAAUGGCGAUCUUCGCAACAUCUGCCACGACGGCCGCGUCCUUCUUUGCCAACCUGGCCAGUUCCAUUGGUCCUUUACGGCAAUUCGGCUUCUUCAUGGGCACUUGCAUCACUGUUAACUGGAUCCUUGUCGCGGCGAUGUACCCGCUCAUCCUCGUGAACUACGAACGUUCCACCUGCAAAGGAGCCUUGAUCGAAGCCGAGCAGUCCUCGCCCAUGGAGGAGCAGCUGGUCGACAGCCAGGGAACGGACCUGGACUUGGAGGAGGUCUCCGGAUGCUCUCCAGGGGAUGUCGUCCGGCGAGCCUCCUCGAAGGGCACACUCGGAGGUGGCCUGGCAGUUAAGAUGCUGGCACUCUGCAUCAGCUUGCUGGGCAUGGGCGGGAGUGUUUACGCUCUUCAGUCAGCUGUUCGCAACCUGCGCCCUUCGAAUGGUCUGCCGAAGUUCUUUCCAGAGGACAGCAAUCUCGGCGGAUUGCAGUUGCUUCAGAUGCGCUUCGGCAACGAGACCAGCAUUGAGUCGACGGAGCUCAAGCUCUGCCACGGCAGGGCGCAGGAUGCCAAGCUUGCCUGCGACACGGAGGGCAGGCCAACACCGACCGCGGCGCCGCCGACAGAGCCACCGCCGCUUCACCUGCCGGGCAACUUCAAACCUGCGAUGCCCCGGCCAUCACCGCCUCCACCGCCUCCACCGCCUCAGUCUCAGGGCCCGAGUGGAUUCAACAACUCGGCGAUCCUCGGCGCGUCGUCUGCCAGGAGGACUCUCGGGAAUUGGGAGAAUGAGUCGGCAAUGCGGGGAAUGGCCGAGUCCGCAGCCGACGCUUCGACCAGCCGCGCCUUCUCAGAGGCCUUCGCCCCCGGUGACGCCUUCGUCGCCCUCAAAGCCUCCUCCAGCCGCUCUCGACUCAUCUUGGCCCUGAAAAGCUUCGACCUGCAGCUCGAGGUGAAGGGCCACUCCUCUGAUGACAUCCAGGAGUUUGAGGAUCUCGUGCGAGACCAGAUCGUGGAGAGCUUGCAGCUUUCGCCCGAUGACCUCAGCUUCGACAUCAAGAAGGUUAAGGUGCUCGACGGGCGCCGUCUGCAGGGCCAAUACGAGGUGACUCUUCAUUUCCAGCACGUCACCCCAAAGAAGGAGCGAGAGAUUCGGGAGUACCUUCGCCAACAUGCGGAUCUCCUUUCUCUCCUCGGGGCUGAAGCGCCAUCGCGGACCCCUGCGCCAAGAGUUGACCAGCCGCAGGCCCCCCUACACAGGCCGCAUGCAACGCAUGCACCGCACCCAACCCCGCAGGCCCCAAUAACACCACUCUCUUCCUCUCGCCAACCCACUACAACUUCACCGACCCGUGCUCCCGUGACAUCACAUCCACAAGCACAACACACGCGGCGUACCACCGUUCCUCCAACGCAGUCGAAGCUGACAACGUUGCCGUCAACUGUACCUGCAACAUCCACGUCAGCAAAGCUUUCGCCUGCAACCACAGCGGUGUCGUCGAAUUUGAGGCCCAGCACGACUUCCAUGAGGAGUCGUUCAACAGCAAUGCAGCUCCAUCUCCAACCACGAGGAAUGCCUCACGACCGUCAGGCCGUCAUCCAUGUUCUGUUGGGUGUGCGAGAGGUCAGGGGCGGCAGCGCCUAUUCCUAUGAGCUCGACCCCAGCUUCGACUUGUCUCGGCGGGAGGCGCAGCUGGCCAUCGUGGAAUUCUGCCAGCGCUUGCGACGGGAAGCAGAGCUCAAGGUUGUCAAAGGGCAGUGGAGCUGCUGGCCAUCGAAGUUGAAGGACUUCCUGCUGCACAGAGGCGAGCAGUUCCCGACGUAUGCGAUAUGGCCGGCUGUACAAAACUUUCUGGCCCAGGUCAGGGGCGAGGCGGACCACGUGGGUUUCGCCGAGGAUGGCAGCGUGUCCUGGGUGCAGCUGGACUACCGCGUGGAGUUCGACAUUUGGAGCUCGGGACGACAGGUCCAGCCCUACAUGGACCUGUGGGAAGACACCGCCCAGCGUGUCUUCGACGAGGUCACAAAGAAGUACAGGGGUCGGGGCCGCAGGUCUUUGCUUGCCCAUUUCUCAAGAUAUGGCUUUCUGAUUGCCCUGCUGCCAGAAUGCUUGCUGGUGUCAGCCGAAUCUCAAGCUUUUCGACUUUCGACUGUAAGCAACCAGAUCAGCAACAGACGAUCCCCCGAAGUAGCCACCUUUGCCAGCAAGUUCCACAGUGAGAGCGAUGACGCGCUGGAGCACAUGGCCAUGGCCGGUCUCAGUGCAAAGCAGCUACUGAACUCGCUUCAGCUGGGGAUCUGUGUGAUUGACAGCUGCACUCUGCAGAAAGCAGCUGGCGAGUCUGGCCUUCAGCCUGCAGAUGCAGUCAAGAAGCUGCAGGACCUUGGCUUGAAAGUGAUUUUGAUUGUCUACGAUGACGACGAGGUGCAGUCCCAGUCCGCGGGACUGCUGCUUCACCGGGCCUCCUUGGACGACGGGGCCGAGGUUGUUCGAGUCGCUGCUGAGUACGAAUGCGCCUUCGCCGUUCCGGCUAGGGCUGGUGAGGCAUCGUGGCCAUGGACGUUGCAGAUGGAGCACAAGCACUGGGUGCAAGCCGCGGCUUCACUUUGUGAGGUGCACUUCAGCGUUGACAGCAGUGGAAACUUCACUGCCAGGCUUCCUGAGGCAAUGAAGAAGCACUUGCGGAAGCUCCGCUACCAGAAGCACCCAGAGGUGUCGACGAAGCAGCCGCAACCGCAGGACUUCAAGGAGCCCUUGCAGUGGGACGCGGGACAGGCUUUCGUGGUGACCGUGACUCGAGGCGAGCGACACGAAUGGCUUCUGUGCAUUGGUGAGCUGGAAGACGCAGCGAUCCUACAGGAAGCAUCGCACCUGGCCUCUUACCUGUUGGGGACCCACGGGGCUGACUCGUGGAUCGAACGCGAGGACGACCCCAGUAUCAGUGACGCUCUAUGCGAGAUCGGUGGUUUGUGGGGCGCGAGCCGGUCAACCCUCCUUACCGCGGCCAGCGGCCCGCAUGCAGGGCUCCGCGGUCUGGGCAUCGGCAGCAACAAAAAGCUACGGCAACGAGCAGCCCUUCUGGCGCUGGCCGCUACUGCUUUCGCCCAGUGGGGCUCGGAGGAGCCUCUUCCAGGCAGCGCUGCCUCACUGAAGACCCUGGCGACGGCUGUCCGCGAGAGAUUGCAGCCAGAGGGCAAAAAAGGGGCCGAGGGCCAGAUUUCACGGAGCCACGCCCUGCGAGAGCGAGCAAAAUCGCAGGCAGAGAACCGUGUCGUGAACUCUGCGCUGUCCUCGUGGAUCGUCAGUGCUUUGGUGGCGCUCGGCGCCUUCACGCGCAGCCUCUUCUUCAUUACGAACAUCUUUCAAUGGAGAUUUGGGCUGAUGGAGGCAGUGUCGCUCAUCAUUUUCUGCGGCUUCUCUGUGGACUAUCCCUUGCACGUGCCCAGGCUGAUUGCAGAGAACAGCAUCGCACCGUCCAGCGAGUUGCAGGCUCUGGCGUCCGUCGAGCACUUCGAGAAGUCGGGGGAGCAGUGGCAUCAGGCGAUCACGGUUCCACGAGUAUUCUGCAGGACUUUGGGUGUUUGCUCUACUCCCCCUCCUCCUGCUCACUGCUACUACCACUACUACCAACAGCAGCACCACCACCACGACCACUGCCAGUGCCACUUUCGUAUCGGCCAGGCUGUGCGACGACUUGUGGAGCGGCAAUGCAUGCAACUCAGGCUGAAGCUCAGACGUGAGCAAAUGCUUUUCCAGUUGGCACAUGUCGACUUGCGCAUGCAGCCCUUCUGGAAUUACUCCCGUACCCCCUGGCCGCCUCCACUCUGCCCGGAUCCUUGUAGUCACUGGGGGAACGAUUCCAGAGAAGUCGCUCCCACAAGCGUUUACGUAGGGGAAAUGCCUCUGGAUGUAACCUUGAUCAUGCGGAAAGGAACUUGCAGGCAAACUGGGUGGGACUAG